GUCCAUAUAUGGAUAUGUCAACUAGUGACAAAAGAAAGCAAGAUUGCCAACAUUGCAAAAAAAAUCCAUCAGAUACGUCACUAACAGAAGGAUAUGGGGUGUAUCGGCUGAGUGAUUUGUAAAAAAUAUCAUAAGUACUGAGAAUAAAAUAGUUUAAGCUUGUACUGUGUAGUGUUUAGUUAGUAAAGGUUCACACUAAAAUGUCUUAUUCGAAUAAGUAUAUUUUUGCGGCCCUGCCAAGGACUCAGCGCGGGACGCCGUUAGUUUUAGGCGGUGACCCGAAAGGAAAGAAUUUCCUUUACACCAAUGGAAAUUCUGUUAUUAUAAGAGACAUAGAGAAUCCUGCAAUUGCGGACGUUUACACGGAGCACUCUUGCCAAGUGAACGUUGCCAAGUACUCUCCUAGCGGAUUCUACAUUGCAUCUGGAGACGCGUCCGGGAAGGUUCGCAUCUGGGACACGGUUAACAAGGAACACAUCCUAAAGAAUGAGUUCCAGCCGAUCGGUGGUCCAAUAAAGGACAUCGCUUGGAGCGCCGACAGCCAACGCAUGGUCGUCGUCGGCGAAGGCAGGGAGAGAUUCGGUCACGUCUUUAUGUCUGAAACCGGUACGUCAGUUGGCGAGAUCAGUGGUCAGUCGAAGCCGAUAAAUUCGGUGGACUUCAGACCCACGAGGCCGUUUCGCAUCGUGACCGCCUCAGAGGACAACACCAUCGCCGUGUUCGAGGGGCCUCCGUUCAAGUUCAAGUGCACCAAGCAGGAGCAUACGCGUUUCGCUCAAGCGGUACGCUACAGUCCAGAUGGCAGCCUGUUCGCAUCAGCUGGCUUCGAUGGCAAGAUCUUCCUCUAUGACGGAGCCACCUCAGAGCUCAAAGGAGAGAUCGGUUCUCCGGCGCACAAGGGCGGCGUUUACGGCAUCUCGUGGUCGCCGGACGGUAAACAGUUACUGUCCUGUUCGGGAGACAAGACCUGCGCGAUAUGGGACAUCGAGACGAUGCAACGGACCACUCUAUUCAACAUGGGCAACGCCGUCGAAAACCAACAGGUGUCUUGCCUAUGGCAAGGGAAGCAUCUCAUAUCCGUGUCCUUGUCCGGGGUGAUCAAUUACUUGGAUGUCGACAACCCGGACAAGCCGAAGCGAGUGCUGAUGGGCCACAACAAGCCGAUAACCUGUCUCGCUCUCCACGGCAACGGCAAAACCGUGUACACCGCCAGCCACGACGGCUGCGUCACCGAGUGGAAUGUGGACUCGGGCGAAGCUCGUCACGUCGAGGGCCAGGGUCACGGGAACCAGGUCAACGGCAUGAGGACGACCAAGGACGGGAGCCUCCUCACCAUAGGUAUCGACGACACGCUGCGGAAGGCGGAACCCACAGCGGAAGGGGCGACGCCGACGUACACGGGCGCCGCGGUGCCCUUGGGCUCGCAGCCUCGCGCGCUGGACCACGCCGCCGAAGACGACAUCACGAUCGUCGCCACAGUCAAAGAGCUGGUGGUCUUCGUCGGCGGCAACAAGCAGUCCAGCCUGCCUCUGGCCUACGAGCCGACGUGCGUCGCCAUCGACAAGAGCUCGGGGCUGGUCGCCGUCGGCGGCGGCGACAGUCGGGUGCACGUGUACUCGCGCGGGGCGGGCGCGGCGGGCGCGGAGCUGGCGCACCUGGGGCCCGUCACGGACGCGCGCUUCAGUCCGGACUCGCGCUACCUGGUGGCCGGCGACGCUAACCGGAAACUGAUACUCUACUCCACCGACGAGUUCAAGCUGGCCCACAACAAGGAGUGGGGCUUCCACACCGCGCGCGUCAACUGCGUGGCCUGGAGCCCGGACUCUAAGCGUGUCGCUUCGGGCUCGCUCGACACCACCAUCAUCGUCUGGAGCGUUGACCAGCCAUCCAAGCACACGAUCAUUAAGAAUGCCCAUCCCCAAAGUCAGAUAACCGGUCUGACCUGGAUCGACGACGAGACCAUAGUGUCGACCGGACAGGACGCCAACACGCGGGUCUGGACCGUGCCCAAGGCUUAAACGACGCCGUUCAAUGACGCGAUAAUGUUCUAGUUUAGGCCGCACGUAAUCAUAAUCUAGACAUAUAAAUAAAAUUGGAGUGUCUGUUUGUAAUAUUGAAAUAACCGCUUUUUUCUUCAUGCAUAUUAUGAAUACGAAAAUAUAUACACCAAAAUAACAUUUUUUUACAAUUUUUGUCUGUCUGUCUGUCUGUUUGUUCCGGCUAAUCUCUGGAACCACUGGACCGAUUUUGAUGGGACUUUCACUGAUAGGUAGCUGAUGAUAUAAGGAGUAACUUAGGCUACUUUUUUUGGACUCGCUUCGCUUCGCGGCGUCAUCCGCGGUACGAUAAUAACCGCGGGUGACAUCGCGGGAUUCCGCUAUCAAUAAUAAAAUUUCAUGUUUCCGAAGCGAAGCGAGGGCGGGUCGCUAGUCGAUCAUAAGCAUCAUCAACUCACAGAUAUCCACUGUUGGACGUAGGGCUCCCCAAGGUCUCGCGACUCGAUCGUCACGGUCGCGGGGGAGGAGUAAAAAAUACAUUCAAUUACAAAUCUCGACCAUGCAUUAUUGUCUUUGUCUUCGCUUCUCGCGAGACGCAUUAAACUGCGCUAAUAGUCUGUAUACCGAGGCUUUGCACUUUAUGCGCAUUAAUCGAGAGUCGAUAUAUCGACGGUUCGCGCUCUUUUUUUUUCAUACCUAAGCUGAUAGCCUUGAGAGUGGGCUGCGUCUGUGGGUCAAUUGCUUUCUCGCGAGUUGCACUUAACCGCGCAAAUAGCCUGUAUUCCGACGCUUCGCACUUUAUACGCAUUAAUCGAGAGUCGCUAUAUCGACGGUUCGCGCUCUGAAAGUUGUAUACGGAUUACAAACCCAAAUAGAGAAUCCUAUUAGGUUGAUCGUAAAUUCAUUCCGUACGACGUCAUUCGGGGCCAAAAACAAACUAAUUACGGAUUUUGCAAAAAUACACAACGAUUAGCCACAUUUGACAUCGCCGUUGUAAUUUAUCUUCAGCUCGACAUUAACAAAUUAUUAGAUUUUAAUUACUGUUACAAAUCUGUAUGUAAUACUUCAGUUGUAAUAAAAUUAUUGUUUUAAUUUAAUUAGCAUGGCGUAUUACUAUUUUUUAGAUAGUGCUUUUGUUACUGAGCGUUUUGUGGUGUAUUAGUAAUUUAUUUAUACUAAUGUUCGUGUAAUGAUCGAAAUUCGACCACAGCCAUUCAAAAAUUAAGGAUUCGUUUCAUAUUUUCUCAUUAACUAUGUAGCGUAUAUUUUAUUUUGAAAAAAAAAAGUAACUUUUUUACUGGUGGUAGGACCUCUUGUGAGUCCGCACGGGUAGGUACCACCACCCCGCCUAUUUCAGCCGUGAAGCAGUAAUGCGUUUCGGUUUGAAGAGUGGGGCAGCCGUUGUAACUACACUGAGACCUUAGAACUGAUAUCUCAAGGUGGAUGGCGCAUUUACGUCGUAGAUGUCUAUGGGCUCCAGUAACCACAUAACACCAUGUGGGCUGUGAGCUCGUCCAACCAUCUAAGCAAUAAAAAAAAGAAAAACUUACAAUUAAUUACAUCAACAAAAGGCCGUGAAUAGUUACUUUAGAUAAAAACAAUAGGCUUAUAGGUAUAGGCGAUAUGUAUAGGGCGUUGUCUUGAACUAGAACAUUAUCAAGUCACAUAAAAACGCAAAAGUGAACAUAAGUGUGUCACAUUAAAUAUAGACUCGAUCGAUAAUAUAUUUAUUUCGCUUUAUUUUGUAAGUUUUUUUAUACUAAAAACAUUUUGGAGGCGCGUGCGCUUUCGUGAUUAUGUCCAUCGUUUGUACAGCAGGGAACAAGAAAUAUGUAAAAUCAUAUUGUUUGCUUUUACACAGACUAUAACAAAAACAUAGAGGCGUAAACUAAUUUGUCUAUGAUUAACUAAUCUGUUUGUUUCGUUUGAUUCCAACCGCAAAGGAUAUUAUUAAAGAUGAAUUAAAGACGAAAGCACACGCCGUACUUACACUACCUAAUAUAAUUUUGUUGAAAAUAAUUAAUUAUUCGAACUAACUGCAAUGUGUUUUGGCCUUUGUUUAGAAUUUGCAAUUUUAAAAUAUGCUGAUUUAAAAAAGAAAGUGAAGAUCUGUUGAUUCUCAUUGGAAUGUUGGCUGCACAAUGUGUCAAAAUUGACAAGUAAAAAAAAGUAUAUUUAUGAACAUAAUUAUGUAGAUUUUUUGCAAUAUCUUUUCGAUUAAAAAUACGAUAAUUCAGUAUUAAUGUUAUUAAAUAACAAAAAUGUAACGCUGAAAUUUUUUAAUCUCUCAAAAUUGAUUAACAACAAAAUAGUCCAUUACAGAUACAAAAUUGUAUUUAAAUUAUAUGUACACCUACCUAUGGUAUAUUAUGUACCAUAAUAAAAUCGAGGCGCACUGAUGUUUGUUAAGAGAUUGCAUUUAUAUUAAAUUUUAUUAAACAUCCAAUCGAUUCAUGUACAGAAUAUUUUAUUUUGUAAAUUGAAUAUCAAUAAACUCUAAAAUGUAUUAAGGCUACAGUAUUUUUAUACUAAUUUCGUACCUACGUACUAUCUUGGUUUUGUAUGUGAUUUCUAAUAAACUAUAUGAAAUGAUAAAUAAA